AGUUUCCCUGUCAUGUGGGCACUUUAUUCUGAAGGUGUCAGUGACACGUAAACCGGCCAAUAGGAUUCGAGGUGUGCACAGUUAUGACCAAUGGGAUGUCACUUCAGCAAAAGAAGGCGGAACGUCCUGUUCAGCUGUCAUGUGACAGAAUUGGUAUCUCAUGAUGCGAAACUUCCUGUUUCAGCAAGAUGCCAGCAGUGGGAACGGUUCGUUCUGGAAUAUCUGUAAAAAUGUUCUACAAAACAUUUCUGCGAUGACUCACAACAUGCAUGCAGCUAAACCUCCCAUUUUAAGCCCAGAGUACUUCUCCUGGGACUACCGCCUGCAGCUUAUCGGACUAGGAUUUGUUGUCUACACAUCAGUAUUCCUUCUCUCCCACCUCCUCUCUCUACUCCUGAGCCAAACCUACAACUCCCUGCUCCCCAAAGAGAAAGUUUUCUGGAACCUGGCAGCAACGCGGGGGGCUUUCGGCAUCCAGAGCUCCGUAGCUGGACUUCGAGCUCUGACUGAGGACUCUGAGUUAAGCAGGGACAAAGUCAGGGGCCAGGAGGACUGGUCGUGGUUUCACCUCCUCACAGCUACGGGCUUUUUCGUCUUUGAGAAUGUGGCGCUUCAUACGUCCAGUGUGAUAUUUCGCUCGUUCGACAUACCUCUGGCGACGCACCACUUCUUCGCCCUGGCGGGGUUUGCAGGCGCCGUGGUGUGGGAUUCCCAGGGUCACUUUCUGGCUAUGGUCACACUCUUGCUGGAGAUGAGCACACCUUUCACCUGUAUAUCCUGGAUGUUACUGAAGGCUGGAUGGGCACGCACCCUAUUCUGGCGAGCCAACCAGUGGGUGAUGAUCCACAUGUUCCACUGUCGCAUGGUGCUCACUUAUUACAUGUGGUGGAUAGCACUGACCCACUGGACGGAGCUCAGCAUCUACGUGGCGCUGUCGCAGCGCCUGCUGUUUUUCUCUGGCCUGGCUCUGCUCACUCUUAUCAUCAACCCCAUCUGGACGCACAAGAAAACCAUGCAGCUGCUAAAUCCCGUGGACUGGAACUUUGACAACAAGCCGGUGCCAGAAAACGGCAAAAAAGACAGUCAGGCUGAGGCUAUUUCUAAACCCCAUUCAAAUUAAAACGCACCAAAAUUA